UCCGCGCGCACCAGCUUCAUUUCACCGUUCACACCAGAUCCGCUUUCCGCAGACAACCUCACAGGAACGGAAGCCAACACCUUGCUCCCACAGAGGAGUCCAGCUGCUUACGAAUAACAGCCAAAAACCGCAAGCACGGCUCGCCACUGUACUUCACUGGUCUCGCGCCGCCAACCCAUGUGACUCCAGACGCUUGCCCGGGUUCCGAAACCACACGGACAUCACACACCUCACCGCGAGAACACCAACAAAACACCCAUCAAGGUGGAGACACGACAAACUGAAAAUAAUCGCUGGACAAAACCAAAUCGGGAUACACCGGCACAAACACGAUCUCCAACCAAAUCAGAACCGCCUUACCACCCUUUCCAGAAUGGAGAACGCUACCAACACACACACAACAUUUCUUUUUCUUUGCACAAACUUAUUAGCCUUAGUGAAAACAAGGCCUCAAAAAAUUGACGAGAAACUCGGAAUUGUUUCUCUCCACGGAAAUCUUUAGUAAAAGGCGAAAGAUUUAUGCGUUCUGAAGAGAAACCAGAGUAUGGCGUCAUAGCCUCGCACACAGUCCUCGGCUAACGCCAUCGAGCUGAUCAAGGACCUGGUCAACUACGACGUGUGCCCGGCGCUGCUCAAGGGUCUCAUGGCGCUGCUGAUACCGUCCUUCGAGGAGACCAGCAAACAGCAGUCCCAGAUCGUCAGCGACUCUUCGGUUCUGCAGCUCACCGCCCACCUGCCGUUGUUCUUGCAGCAGGCCGCGGCCGCCAAGGCCAUCGGGAUCCUGGCGCGAGGCAACACGAGCCUAGCCGAGGAGAUGCUGCCCCUGCGCGUGGUGCACAGCCUCAUGGCCGCCAUGGGCAACGUGGACCACAGCAACAGCCAGCGGCAGGCCAGCCUCACGCUAGAGUACUUUGUGCAGUUAUUCCCAGUGGUGGAGGAGCACGUGCGCAGGUCCAUGGGGGAGGAACUCUACAAGCUCUUCCGUAGCAACGCCGAGGACUUGUACGUGAAAAUAGAUAGCAUUCAGGAGGACAUCUUGGCGGCCAACAAAGUCAAUGUCACCAAAGAGCUGUAUCUCAGUGGCCUCUCCGACAGCACCAUGAGCUUUUACUUUGGCCAUUGUAAUCAGGGUCAGGUGGCCUACAUCACACACUUCCAGAAGGAGGCUGUGGAAGAAAAGGAGUAACAGAGCCUCCAAGGCAAGCCAGGAAGCCAAGGCUGUGUGGCAGGGAAGCCUGGCAGAAGGAAGGAGCCAGGGCCAAGCUCCGGUUGACUCCUCUUGGCCCUUGGUGGGAGGCUGGGGUUCUGCCCGCCAGAAGGGGAAAAGGAGAGCUGGCUGGGAAGGGUUCAAUAAACAAACAGUCUUGCUAUC